GCCCGGGGCGGGGAGGCCGCGGGAGGGAGUGGGGGGCAGGAGGGGGAGCGCGGGAGGGAGCGCGGAGCAGCGCCGAGGCCAAGCGCAUUGUGUCUGGCGGCGGCGCGCGAGCCCAGCGGCGGCUGCGGCGGGGCGGGAAGCCAUGGGGCCGCGGGCGCUCGUCACCGCGCUCAGCCUCGGCCUCAGCCUCUGCUCCCUGGGGCUGCUCGUCACGGCCAUCUUCACCGACCACUGGUACGAGACCGACCCCCGGCGCCACAAGGAGAGCUGCGAGCGCAGCCGCGCCGGCGCCGACCCGCCGGACCAGAAGAACCGCCUGAUGCCGCUGUCGCACCUGCCGCUGCGGGACGCGCCCCCCCUGGGGCGCCGGCUGCUGCCAGGCGGCCCCGGGCGCGCCGACCCCGAGUCCUGGCGCUCGCUGCUGGGGCUCGGCGGGCUGGACGCCGAGUGCGGCCGGCCGCUCUUCGCCACCUACUCGGGCCUCUGGAGGAAGUGCUACUUCCUGGGCAUCGACCGGGACAUCGACACCCUCAUCCUGAAAGGUAUUGCACAGCGGUGCACAGCUAUCAAGUACCACUUUUCUCAGCCAAUCCGCUUACGGAACAUUCCUUUCAAUUUAACGAAGACAAUACAGCAAGAUGAAUGGCACCUACUUCUAACUUUCCUGCUUAUCACUUGGAAUGUCUGUGUUCUGAGACUAGACCUGAGGAGAAUCACUGCCGGCUUCCUGGGCAUGGCUGUGGCCGUCCUGCUCUGCGGCUGCAUUGUGGCGACGGUCAGCUUCUUCUGGGAGGAGAGCCUCACCCGGCACGUGGCCGGGCUCCUCUUCCUCAUGACAGGGAUAUUUUGCACCAUUUCCCUCUGCACUUACGCUGCCAGUAUCUCGUAUGAUUUGAACCGGCUCCCGAAACUAAUUUAUAGCCUGCCUGAUGAUGUGGAACAUGGCUACAGCUGGUCCAUCUUUUGUGCCUGGUGCAGUUUAGGCUUUAUUGUGGCAGCUGGAGGUCUCUGCAUUGCUUAUCCGUUCAUUAGCCGGACCAAGAUUGCACAUCUAAAGUCUGGCAGGGACUCUACAGUAUGACUGUCCGCAUUCAAGGCCACUUCUCGGUGACCAGUCCACAGUGCAGAUGACUCCUGAGGGAAACAGAGCCGAGUUUGAGUCAGGAUCCCAAGCACAAGACAGUCUUUUACAUUCCAACCUGUUGCCUGCCAGCCCUUUCUGGAUGAUGGAUAUAAAAUCAUGCAAAACCUCCAGACCUUUAUAAGGACAAGACUACUGUGGAUUCAAGUGCUUUAAUGACUAUUUAUGCUUUUACUGUGAGACUGAGGGAGCAGUGCCAUGGAACAUUUCUAGGUUUAGGAAAAGAGGAAAUUGCAAUGGAAAAAUUUGUAUGAUGCCAUUAUUUCAGAAAGUUUGUAAAUAACAAUUACCUGAGAGUCAUUUCUAUUUGCAAAAGGAUUCCUAACAAAGCAAGUAUAAUUUUCUUGUCAUUGUACCAUGCUUGUUAGAUUUUAAUGCAGCAUCUUUGGAACUUGUCCUGAAUGGUGUCUUUGUCGUGUCAGCACCAAAUAUUUGUGCAUUACUUGUGGAUGUUCCUUGUCACAGGAAGAUUCUUCUUCUGUUGCCUUUUUUUGAAAGUCCCUUCUCUGUUUUUGUACUGGAAUCAAAAUGAUUAGAAAAACAGAUCAACCGUGUAAGAGCUAAUCUAUGACACUAUGCAGUAUUGUUUGGAGUCCUAUCUGUUGUUCAACCUCUGUCUCUUUAUGUUAAUGGAUUUCUGCAUUAAAUGACUGCCCCUUGUUAA